AUGAACAGAUACCCAGGAGAUUUCGGCAAGUUUGCCAGAAGCAUGCAGAGACAAUUGGCUCGUGCUCAACAAAGUACUGGUGGAUCCCCAGGGAAGGCGCCUCGUGGAGCUUUUGCCGGGUUAGGAGGUCUAUUUUUGUUGCUAGGAGGAGGGUUUUUGGUGAAUGAGUCCCUAUUCAAUGUUGAUGGUGGUAAGCGUGCGAUUGUAUACUCUCGUAUUGGUGGUGUUCAACAGAAGAUUUACUCAGAAGGUACGCAUUUUAUUAUUCCAUGGAUUGAGACGCCCGUUAUUUAUGAUGUUCGUGCGAAGCCAAGAAAUGUUUCUUCGCUAACAGGAACAAAGGAUUUGCAAAUGGUGAAUAUCACUUGUAGAGUUCUUUCGAGACCCAAUGUGGAGAAUUUGCCUAUGAUUUACCGUACUCUAGGUACUGAUUACGAUGAAAGGGUGCUACCCAGUAUUGUGAACGAAGUUUUGAAGGCCGUUGUCGCGCAAUUUAACGCAUCGCAGUUGAUUACGCAAAGAGAGCGUGUUUCGAGGUUGAUCAGAGACAAUUUGGUGCGUCGUGCGAAGCACUUCAAUAUCACCUUGGAUGAUGUGUCCAUUACGUAUAUGACUUUCUCCCCAGAGUUUACGAUGUCUGUUGAAUCGAAGCAGAUUGCGCAACAAGACGCCCAAAAGGCCGCCUUCGUUGUUGACAGAGCAUCUCAAGAGAAGCAAGGUAUGAUUGUGAAAGCCCAGGGUGAAGCCAAGUCUGCUGAGUUGAUUGGUGAGGCCAUCAAGAAGAGUAAGGAUUAUGUCGAAUUGAAAAGAUUGGACACUGCCAGGGAGAUCGCUACUAUUCUAUCGAAGUCUCCAAACAGAGUCAUUCUAGACAACGAAGCGCUACUAUUGAACACCGUGACCGAUUCCAGAACAAAAAACUGA